CCAACGUAUUUCGAUUACGAAGACUUGGAGCGCAAGUACUGGAAGAAUGUCACCUUUUGUCCGGCUAUAUAUGGCGCCGACGUUUCCGGAACUCUCACUGACGAGGACUGCGAAGAGUUCAACAUUAAUAAUCUGAACACUUGUCUCGAUAUGAUUAACGAAAGUUAUGGCAUUAAGAUAAUGGGUGUGAACACGGCUUACCUCUACUUCGGGAUGUGGAAGUCCACCUUCGCGUGGCAUACAGAGGAUAUGGACCUUUAUUCCAUCAAUUAUCUCCAUUUCGGUGCUCCCAAGUCCUGGUAUUGCAUACCUCCAGAACACGGCAAACGACUCGAACGACUGGCCAAUGGAUUCUUCCCCAACAGUUGCAAACAGUGUCCGGCAUUUCUUCGCCACAAAAUGACUCUAAUCUCGCCUCAAGUGCUGAAG